AUGGCUGUCUGGUUGUUAGCGAUAGUUUUACUGCUUUUUACCGGGGGAGAAGCGCAGAAUUCCACGGUCUCGGUGGUUUUGAGCCCGACUACUGGACAACUCACUGUAGUCCAGGGAAAGAAACCCGGGGCUGUGGCCUGGGCCCAGCUGACUGACAACAUCCAGGAAACUGGAUGGGCAGUUCUUAAGCUGCAGACAGAUGCCAAGUACAAUGACAGCAUCCAAGCUUACGCUGCUGGUGUGGCAGAAGCUGCAGUCUCUCAGAGGCUUAUCUACAUGCACUGGAUGAACACACUUAUGGGUUACUGUGGCCCUUAUAAAUAUCAGACUGCAUACUGUGAAAAGCUUCAGAAUUAUCUGCAGGCAAAUCUGGACUGGAUGCAGCAAGAGAUGGAAACGGGAGGGGACUACUGGCACCAGAUCCGCCUUGCUCUGCUCCAACUUAAAGGUCUGGAGGACAGUUACAAUGGCCGUAUUACCUUCCCACUGGACAAAUUUACUAUAAACCCAUUUGGAUUCCUACUCUUUCAGCUUGGAGGGGAUCUAGAGGAUCUUGAAUCUGCACUAAACAAGUCAGAAUCCAGCACACAGAAGGGAACCGGAUCGUGCUCUGCCCUUAUUAAACUUUUACCUGGAAACAAGGAUCUAUUUGUAUCUCAUGAUACCUGGAACACCUACCAGUCCAUGCUGAGGAUUAUAAAAAAAUAUACCCUACCCUUCCGUAUCUCCCAAAAUGGUGGAACUGUCAUACCUGGCUCGGUUCAAACUUUUUCUUCUUACCCUGGCACAAUUUUCUCUGGAGAUGACUUCUAUUUGCUAAGCAGUGGUCUGGUGACGCUGGAGACAACUAUUGGAAACAGUAAUCCAGUACUUUGGAAGUACAUUAACCCACAAGGCUCCGUCAUGGAAUGGUUGCGUAAUAUUGUUGCCAAUAGGCUUGCAACAGGAGGAAAAGAGUGGGCCAACAUUUUCUCAAAGUUUAACAGUGGAACAUACAAUAACCAGUGGAUGAUAGUGGAUUACAAUAAAUUCCAUGCUGGUCAGACAGAGGUUACCGCAGGCCUUCUCACUGUUCUUGAACAAAUACCGGGUAUGGUGGUUACUGAUGAUAAAUCAGAGGAGCUUUAUCGCAGAGGUUAUUGGGCCAGUUACAACCUCCCGUAUUUUGAGACCGUUUUUAAUGCUAGUGGAGUGCCAGCCCUUGUGGAUAAGUAUGGUGAUUGGUUUGACUACCACAAGAAUCCACGUGCUCAAAUAUUCCAAAGGGAUCACAUGCAGGUGAAAGAUCUGGCUUCCAUGAUUCAUUUGAUGAGGUACAACGACUAUCUUCAUGACCCACUGUCCUACUGCUCAAGCUGUGAGCCCAAACAAAAUGCAGAAAAUGCCAUUUCUGCUCGCUCUGAUCUCAAUGCAGCCAAUGGAACGUACCCAUUUGGAGCUCUGCGACAACGGCAGCAUGGGGGUACUGACAUGAAGGUAACCACAUAUGACAUGGCCAAGUUGUUUCAAAUGGUCGCAGUGAAUGGACCUACAUGGGACCAGGUUCCUCCUUUCCAGUGGAGCACAUCUCCCUACAGCAACCUUAUGCACAUGGGUCACCCAGACAUCUGGAAAUUCUCUCCAGUGACAAUUCAUUGGGACUGAGGUGCAUCAUCUCCUUCAAUCGUAUGAGUGGCCGUGCCUAAAACCAUGAGUCCUCCAUCCCCAAAGCAGCAUGUGAACUAUUUUUGCUCAAGUGCAAUCACAUUUUCACUUUUAAAAAUUCUGAUAUUUUUUUUUUAUUUUUUAAAAAUAAAUGUAACAAAUCAAUACCCCACCUCAACAUACUUUCUCCUACAAGACAUUUGAAAUAACUGAAUGGCUUGCAAAGAUGGUAGGAGCCAGCUUAUUGCUGUUGAGCCGCCUUGGCAGAAUAAUGUAACUGGGUUUGUUUCUAGGAGCAUUUACACGUUUUCCUUUUUCUUACAAUGCUUAUGGCAUUUUUGGUAUUAACUAUGUUUUUUUUUAAUCUGAUGCAGUUGCGGACUAUAAAAGAUUUGUAACUUUUUUUUUUUUUUUUUUUUUUUUGCCGACGCAAACAAACUGAGAGCUUAAGAUAGACUGCUCACCUAAUAAAUAGACUUUUUUUUUCCCUAAUGAUACUUGCUAGCUAAUGCUGUGUUAUUUAGCUGUAAUAUCAACCUAGGUUAAUGUCUUUUAUGUUAAGUGACCUACAAGCUAUCUACACAUUGUUGCUUUAUGCAGGAGAUCACUGUUCGCUUCUCAAUCUACAUUCUGGAUGAAGCACUUCUGUUCUGACUCGCAACAUUGUGAGAAACUGAAAGCUGUAUUUCUGCAUUUGUAUCUUUUUGCAGACAAAUUUUUCCAAUAUUCCCAGUAUCAUUCCCCUCAUUUAUUUUGUUGUUCUGUUGCGCAGUAAAGCCGUCUCUAAAAAAUUUUUUUUUUUUUUUUUUUUAAAAGGUGAUCACUCAUAAGAGAACAUGAUUUGUUGCUGUCAAAUCUCCAUACAAAGCAUACAUUACUUUUUUCUAAUGCAACUUCUGCUUUAGGCAAGACCUUUAAAUCCUCAGCUCUUUGGAUGCAAUGCUAUAUCCUAGGGCAUAAAACAGUCUAUCACUGUCAUUCUGUGCUACCCAGGGUUAAAAGGUCACCUUUGACGAUAAUCUUUCAUACAGCAUCUACCAAAAAGAUAAAGGUGAUCCCUGCCUUUUAAAAUAAAUGUAGAGGCAAUUCAUUUUUUUGUUUUGUUACUAUGUGGAUCUGCACUUUUUUUAUAUGUAAAUGAUUUAGUCUUUGCAAUAUGAUUGGUUUGUGUUUGCUAAACAUAAUAAAAGUUGAUUAUAAUUUCUUAA